AAACCUCUUCCUCUUUCAAAAAGCAUGUGCUUUGUUACUCUGAAGCAAAAUUCACAGCUUUCAGUCCCGGAAUGCAGUUAGCGUGCUGAUUCUUCCUGGUCUGCAACUCUAUCUCCAAAGAACUCUUCCUUCUCCAGAGAAGUGCCCCACCUUGAAUGCUUUGGGAAGCCUUUCAUGCCCAUGAAACCGAUUUCAUAAGAAGAGAUCCGGAAGCGGAAGGGGCCCUUACCAAAGCAUUUAGGAAACUUACAGAAAGGAAAUAAGUCUCUUCAGGCCCUGCAGUUUGUGUGGCAGCAUUCAUCCUUGGGGCUGUGACCUCCUGGUCACUUACUACUCUUCUCCAAGAUGCAAUAUCGAGAAGAUGAUCAGAGUAUGGAGGAUGAAGAUGAUGACAUCUUUGGUGAAGGAGGUUCAUUAACUCAAAAACAUCACCUACCUGACAGUCAUCAUCACAUCUUGUAUCUCUGUACUGCAGGAAUAUCAACCAGACUCCCAGAAAUCAUGUUGGUAGGAUCUCAGUCAUUCUCCCCAGGAGGGCCCAAUGGGAUUAUUAGAAGCCAGUCCUUUGCUGGUUUCAGUGGUCUUCAAGAAAGGCGAUCCAGAUGCAAUUCCUUCAUUGAAAAUACUUCAGCACUCAAGAAGCCUCAGGCCAAACUAAAGAAGAUGCACAAUUUAGGAUAUAAAAGUAACAGUCCUCCCAAAGAGCCUCAGCCUAAAAGGGUGGAAGACGUCUACCGAUCCCUAAAGAAUGGACUUGAUGAGUAUCUGGAGGUUCAUCAGACAGAGUUGGACAAGUUGACUGCUCAGUUAAAACACAUGAGAAGAAACUCUCGUCUGGGUGUUCUAUAUGAACUAGAUAAGCAAAUCAAAACAAUCGAAAGAUACAUGAGACGACUGGAGUUUCACAUUAGUAAGGUGGAUGAACUCUAUGAAGCCUAUUGUAUCCAAAGACGUCUCCAAGAUGGUGCUAGCAAAAUGAAGCAAGCAUUUGCCACCUCCCCAGCCAGCAAAGCUGCCAAAGAGAGUUUAUCUGAAAUCAACAGGAGCUAUAAGGAAUAUACUGAGAAUAUGUGUACUAUUGAAGCAGAGCUGGAGCAUCUUCUGGGAGAGUUCUCCAUCAAAAUGAAAGGUCUGGCUGGCUUCGCUCGGCUCUGUCCCGGAGAUCAAUAUGAAAUUUUCAUGAAGUAUGGCCGGCAGCGGUGGAAACUUAAAGGCAAAAUAGAAAUGAAUGGCAAACAGAGUUGGGACGGAGAAGAAAUGGUUUUCCUGCCCUUGAUAGCUGGAUUGAUUUCCAUUAAGGUCACAGAACUCAAAGGGCUUGCAACUCAUAUUCUAGUGGGAAGUGUCACCUGUGAGACAAAGGACCUUUUUGCAGCCCGGCCUCAAGUGGUAGCUGUUGACAUCAAUGAUCUUGGCACCAUCAAAUUAAAUUUGGAAAUCAUUUGGUAUCCCUUUGAUGUGGAGGACGUGACCUCAUCCACAGGCAACGGGAGUAGGGCCUCAGCUCUCCAGAGGAGGAUGUCCAUGUACAGCCAAGGCACUCCGGAAACCCCAACCUUCAAGGAUCAUUCGUUUUUUAAGUGGCUGCAUCCUUCACCACUCAAGCCCCGAAGGUUAGCAGUCCUGGGUGCCUUGCAAGAUACAUUCUUUGCCAAGCUUCAGCGCAGCCGCUCAUUCAGUGACCUGCCCUCCCUCAGACUGAACCCCAAGGCAGUACUAGAUCUUUAUUCUAAUCUCCCCGAUGACAUCUUUGAAAGUGGAAUGGCAGUUGAGGAAAAAAGACCACUGUCACUCAGUUUUUGUGACUUGCCCAAUGGGGACUGUGCCUUAUCUUCCAAAUCAAAGGGCUCCUCUGCUAGCAUCGGUCAGUCGAAUCCAGAAAUCACUGUUACUACAGCAGAGCAUAACCAUCCUUCCCCUCAGGAUGAUACUGGCCCAGGCUCUUCCAGAAAUUCCACAGUGGAGGCCCAGAAUCCAAAGCUGCCCCUGGAGCACACAGAGGAGGACCAGAAAGCCCCCCCAGCUGCUUCUGAAGUGUGCCAGCAAACACCAGGCCCAGGUGGUGACAGCCUGUUCCUGGAGAACGAUGUUGCUGUGUCGCUUCUGCAGGACUCAGACGAGGUGUCUGAGCUAAAGCCUGUGGAGCUGGACGCCUUUGAAGGAAACAUCACCAAACAGCUUGUCAAGAGGCUUAACUUGACAGACAUGCCAGUGAUCCAGGUCGAGGGCUCAGUCAGUGGAGAAUCAGAAGGCUGUCGAUCCUUCUUAGAUGGGAGCUUGGAGGAAGCUUUUCAGGGGCUUUACCUAGCACUAGAAUCCCAUAAAGAGCAAUAUAAAGAAUUCGAGGAUUUGAAUCAAGAGGUGAUGCACCUGGAUGAUGUUCUCAAAUGCAAGCCAGCAGGAAGCCGCAGCCGGUCUUCCAGUUUAAGUCUUACAGUUGAGAGUGCUUUAGAAAGCUUUGAUUUCCUGAACACCUCUGACUUUGAUGAGGAGGAUGGUGAGGAGGUUUGUAAUGUUGGAGGAGGUGCUGACUCAGUAUUUUCAGACACUGAGACUGAGAAAAAUAGUUACAGAUCAAUACACCCCGAGGCCAGGGGCCACCCUAGCGAAGCGCUGACAGAAGACACGGGAGUCGGUACCAGUGUAGCGGGAAGCCCUCUUCCCCUGACCACAGGAAAUGAAAGCCUUGACAUCACCAUAGUUAGGCACCUGCAGUACUGCACCCAGCUUAUACAGCAAAUUGUGUCCUCGAGCAAAACUCCAUUUAUAGCAAGAAAUCUCUUAGAGAAGCUCUCUGGACAGAUCCAAGUGAUAGAGAAACUUGCAGCUAUCAGCGAUGAAAAUAUAGGGAACAUCAGCUCUGUCAUAGAGGCCAUCCCAGAAUUCCAUAAAAAGUUGUCACUCCUCUCUUUUUGGGCAAAGUGCUGCAGCCCUCUGGGGGUCUACCACACCUCAGUCGACAGGGUGAUGAAGCAGCUCGAGGUCAGCUUUGCCAGAACUGUCAACAAAGAACAGCCGGGGCUCGCAGAAACAGCAUUUCAAACGCUGGUGUCUAGAAUUCUGGAUCGGCCAGAACUUCUACUUUCCUCCAGCAUCUCCUCCGAAGUCAUCACUGUUUUUCAGUAUUAUCAUUACUUUGCCAGCAAUGGUGUGAGUGACCUUGAGGAUUACUUAAUUCAGUUGGCUAAGCAAGCCGAAAUGGUUCAGACUCUGCAGUCAUUAAGAGAUGAAAAGCUCCUCCAGAACAUGACUGAUCUCACAGCCAACAAUCUCCCAGUUCAGCGGGAAGUACUCCGAACUCUGGCUCUUCUUCUGACUGAAAACAAUGAUGAGAUUAGUCAGGCUGUGACACUGUAUUUGGCAGCAGCAUCCAAAAAUAAGCAUUUCAGGGAAAAGGCUUUACUGUAUUACUGUGAGGCCCUGACAGAGACAAACCUCCACCUUCAGAAGGCAGCAUGCAUGGCACUGAAAAGCCUUGAGGCUACUGAAAGCAUUAAGAUGCUGGUAAGUCUGUGCCAGUCUGAUAAUGAAGAGAUCAGAAAUGUGGCAUCUGAAACACUGCUCUCUCUUGGAGAAGAUGGGCGGCUGGCAUAUGAGCAGCUGGAUCAGUUUCCUCGAGACUGUGUGAAGAUUGGAGGGCGUUAUGGAAAUGAAGUUGCCACCGCUUUCUAACUACUUACUAUCACUCUGCCUGAUGUUUAAGGGCCAUGGCAUCUAGCCUUCCUGCCUAGGAUGGUGCUGUCAUUUAGCUGGGGAGACAAAGCAAUGGAGGAAUCCUAUUGAAGGAGUACAGAGACUUGAUUAUUUAUAGAAUAAAUUCAAGUCGGGCUACUCAGUUUCCAUCACCUUUUUCCUUUGCCUCUGAGCAGGCCUCUGAGUCAGUAGACUAUAUUGUUGACAGCUCCCAGCAACACCCAGUACAAUUCAGUCUCAUCUGGUAUAGAUGAUAUUUUAAAGAUGUACAUCUCCACUUUUUUACGUGCAUUGUAUUUUUUUAUUGGAAGUUUUCCUGCAAGCUUGAAAUACUCAUGUGACGCUUUAGCUCAACAAAGGAAAAGUGGGCUCAGUAAGUAAGGACUAACUGAAGAAAAAGGGGUUUGGUUUUGUUCUGGUUCUUUUUUGUUUGUUAACUACAAGCUGUAAUAAGUUAAAAAGAAAAACCACAACUACCUUGUGGUUUUCUCUCUGUAAUGGACUCAGGGUUGAAUUACCCACUUAGCUAUCUAAUGUCCUUUGGAAGAGCACAAAAAGGACUUCCACAAAUAGAUUAGCCUGUAAAACUGAGUGGGAUGUUAACUUAUCAACUUAAUUUUUGAAGGGCCAUGUAACCUUUUACUUCUCUUUUUCAGUCACCUCCACUACCCCUCAAUAAUUUGCAAGUUUAAUAUCUGUUCUAUUGAAAAGUCAGAUUGUUAUCUAAGACCUAUAAAUUAAAGUUAUACCCACUCAUAUAUAUACGUGUGUGUGUGUAUAUAUGUGUGUAUAUAUAUAUAUUCAAUUAACUUAAGAAAAUUUCAAGAUUAAUUUGCUUUUGGAUUAAAAAGAAGCAGGUGUUUCACUCUUCCAAGUAUAUUCUGGGGUAUUUUGUCAGCAGAAUACACCAGAACUAAAGUCAGAAAGUUACAGGGGUGUUUGUGAUGUGGAUACACUUGGGGGGCUGGCAGAGAUCCUUGGCUCCUGGAAAGAAGUAGAGGAAGGAUGGUAGGGUGUGUUUUACUCUCACAGGAUUUAUGAAGCAAGUUCAAGGCAAAAUACCCACCAUCCAGAGUUACCUCAUCUGUGCCUGUACUCCGGAGUCUGCUUCACUGUAGGUGUGAGACAGCAGCUUGCUAUGAUUACAGCAAAAUCAGGGUGCUAAGUUAGUGUGAGAUGGUUAAAGCAGAUGACAUGAAGUAACGACUGUCUGUCUGCCUAAAAGUACAAAAAGUAGGAUAUGCCAAGGUAUUUCAUCAGUCCUUGAAGUCUUAAAAGAAAGAUUCAUGAGUGUAAUUAAAAAGCUCCAGGAUCCAAACUGUACUAUGAGCACUUGGUACAGUACCCUGUUUAGAUGUCAGUUCAACCCAUCAAAUUGUUAAUAUAGUUGAAAACAAACAAACAAAGCACUUCAUUAAAAAUGGAAAUUGUUUGCCAGGCUUCCUGGUAAAUCACUGUUGCAACUGUGAAUGUUAUAGUGAUGUAUAUAUUUGUAAAUUUAUAAAUACCACAUAAAUAUAUAUAUAUCCUUUAUUGAAAAAGUACAUUUGUAUAGUCUAAAAUGUUUACUUGUUUAAUGGAUGAAAUAGUUCUUUUUAUGGAAAGUAAAAGCAUAAUGUUAAAAGCUGUUUUGGGGUUGUUGGGUUUUUUUUUUAUAUUAUGUCUACUGCAUGAGCUGAUGAUUCCAGACCUUUUUGUACUUUCGCUUUUUUUUUCAUGGGGAGGGACUUCUAGUUUAGUGGCAUUUGUACUCAUCACUCUCAUGAUCACAUAAAUUAUAAUAAAGAUUAUUUUUGAAUUACUGA